GACGAUCUUUGGCAGGCUUCACUACGUCAUGACGCAGUGACUCCAGCUGGACGUCACGUCGCUGCUUGCUAACGGAAGACACCGACAGCCGUGGUGUUUGAGAUUAACGGGACAAACCGGGGAAAGAGGAGUUUGGCUUUUUCUGUCGCUGCCAGCAGGUUUUUACGGAGACAUUUCCUCCUCCAGUGUGUCUGUACUGCGGGGGAGGAGCCAGAGGAGAAACGGUGUUUGGUUCUGUUUCCUGUCUGGGAGGAAACAGUGAAGGUCUGAGAGAUGUGAAGCCGAAGGAUCAGAGGAGCUGUCACUCAAACCAGGACCAUACCCCCCCCCCCUCCCCCCCACCAGCCAAUCAGCAUUCAGUCUGGAGGACCAUCAUGCACUUGAAGUCUUAUCCGAAGCUUGUGCGCUCAGAGUUGCGUUUGGAUGCGGCCGGUGUUCAGACGUCCCAGCGAAGCAGCCUGUUUGUCAGCCAUCAGGGGGCGCUGCUGAGGACCUGCAGCCGUAACCAUGGUAACAGUCGCCUCCCGUUCAGCGUCAUCUCCACCAAUACGAUGCGAUGCAGCAACCCAACAAACCAUAACGUCAGCAGCAGCGUGGCAUCGCUCUGCCUGAAGGCAUCGCCCAGCGCUGCCCUGCAGCUGCUCCCCCCGCCGGGCUGCGAGAACGACGCGCUCAGAUUGUACCAAACCGCUGCAGAGGACGCCGACGCCCCGCAGGACGUCUGGACCGUCAUCAAGCCUGGACACGUCCGAGAGAAGAUCGCCAUCUUCGCUUCAGACAUCGAGCAUACUGACAGCGCCGGGGGAAGCGAACGCACCUCCACCGGCGGCUCCGACAGCCAGGAGAGGACGCCAGCAGCGUGUACGAACCACCCAGCCAUGUCGGGACUUUUACGGGCUGUGAAGGCGAAGGGAAGCUGGGAGGAAAACAGCAGUGCAAAACGACGUCGCCGGUCAGGAAACAGCCAGAACCUCCAGCAAGACCUGAAAACCCGUGUGCAGGAGACACAGCAACACGCCCACAAACCAUCUCCACGGCGGUCCGACUCCACUCAGCGGUUAGACGUCGAGGCGGUGGCGGUGGCGGUGACGAUGACGAUGACGGUGACGGCGACAGAGGAAGAGGAACAGAAGGUGUCGGUGGUGGAGAUGGUGGCAUUCCUGGAGCAGUUAGCCAGCGAGCAGCAGCCAGACUCUAAACCUAUGCUCCAGAGAAGCUCCACCACCAUCACGUUGUGCAGAGCUCCGCCCCCUGAGGUCAGGGGGGAGGAGCCAGAGAGCGUCCGGGUGUUGGACAUGGUGGCCAAGCUCGAGUCUGAGUGUCUGAAGAGGAGAACGGAGGGAGAUCUGUCGAGGAGCAACAGCCUGAGGAGGGCAGUGGGACGAGUCCUGCUUGCCGCCGCAGACCAGAGCUCCGCCCCCUGCCGGCCUUCAUCACCAUCAUCAAUGACAUCAUCAUCGUCAUCACUGCCGGAAGCUCAGAGUGCAGGCAGGGAGCCAACCAGCUGCUCAGAAAUACCGGCAGCUCUGACCACGCCGCCCUCAGGUGAGGCUACGGUGGACGAGCUCGGGGGGGCCGAGAUACUGAUCACAGUCACAGAGACUCAGACAGAAGCCCCGCCCCUCACACAGGCCUCGCCUCUUCAGCAUGAGGAGGCGGAACCUCUACCUGGCUUGUUGUUUUUGUCUCGGCCUCCUUCUUCAGAGCCCCGCCCCCCUCUCCAUAGAAUGACCUUUGACCUGGAGCUUGCCCCCUCUCAGCCUCGCCCCCCUCCUGCUCGCUGUGACUCUGGCAGCCAAUCAGAGAAGAAAAGGAGGAGGAGGAAGGCUGACCGAGCUCAGGAGGAGGAGGUUGUCAUCGUGCCUCUGGGCCGGCGGGCGUCGGCGUCGCAGGACUUUCUGUUGAUCCGUCAGCGGCUGCAGCAGCUGCUUGAGCCGCAGCCGUACCUCGCCGUGCUGCCGCAUCACCUGCUGCUGAAGAUCUUCCGGCUGCUGCCCACGCAGAGCCUCGCCACCCUCAAGUGCACCUGCAACUACUUCAAGUUUAUCAUCGACGACUACGGUGUGCGGCCUGCCGACUCGCUCUGGGUGUCCGACCCUCGUUACCGCGACGACCCCUGCAAACAGUGCAAGAAGCGCUACGGCCGUGGCGACGUGUCGCUGUGCCGUUGGCACCACAAGCCGUACUGUCAGGCACUGCCGUACGGCCCGGGGUACUGGAUGUGUUGCCAUGGCGCCCGCAGAGACGCACCCGGCUGCAACGUGGGUCUCCAUGACAACCGCUGGGUGCCUGCGUUCCACAGCAUCAACGUGCCGAUCUACAGGAGCCGCCGCCACGAGGACUGAGGGUGUGGUGUGUGAGAGAGUGUGUGAGUGAAACGAGUCACUGAUGCUGACAUAAACUUCAGCUCCCAUGAUGCAACAGUAGGUCAGACUUUUCCUUUAAAACAUUGUCGGCGUCCGUUAAACACGUCCAGUUCUGUUUGUGGAACAUUGAACAUGUUGUAUUUAAAAAAUCACAAAAAAACAACAAUUUAAAGGUAAACAAAACUUUAAUCUUUCAUAUGUUUGAAAAGUGUUUUAAGGUAAACGUUGCCCUGAGUUGCUUCAUGCUUUCAGAAGAGCGGCGCCCCCUGCUGCUCCACCAUCACCUCACAGCCUCCAUCACAGCGUAGAUCUGAUCAGUCAUUCAUCUCGUCAGCAGCUUGUUAACAGUCUCUCUUUAGUGAGGAGGGGUCCCAGUCAGGACUUCUUCUUCUUCACAGCUGCUGGGAUGAAACCUGAACAUCAGGUUUAACUAAAACUGGUUUGAAGACUGAAAUCUUCAUAUGAUGAUGGAUGUUUUCAAAGUACUGUUCAUCAGAUCAAACUCAGCAGACAGACGAUGCGUUUAAGCAACAGCCUGUGAAUAUGAUCAGAUCGUCACAGAUUAAAUAUUAGAUUUGUGACGUAACUUUGUACUUUCUGUUUGCAGAAACAAAUCAGGAAGUCGCAACAAACACAAAUACAGAGUUUUUACAAAAGUGAUCGCUCAGCUGGAGCAGUUAACUCUGUUCAUCGAUCAGCCGAAAGAGACGUCUGUUCUCUCAGAGUUCAAUCAAUGCAGGAAACACAUUUUAAUAUCAUCACCUCCGGCUUUAUUCUCUAUCUUCAGAGUAGAGCUGAAUCAAGGGCUCCAACCAAUGAUUAUUUUCAUUAUCGAUUAAUCUGCAGAUUAUUUUCUAGAUUAAUCAUUUUGUCAAAAAAUAGUGAAAAAUGUCCAGCCCAGUUUAAGGUCCACGGUGAGGUCUUUAAAUGUCUUGUUUUGUUUCAGUUUAAUAUGAUAUAAAACAGAGAAAAGUAGGAAACUCCAUAUUUGAGAGGCUCAUUUAAUUUUUGCAUGAAAUAAUUACUUAAACUAUUAAUCGUUAUUCAAUCUUAUCGUUAUAAGUCGAUCGACUAACUGAUGUAUCAAAGCUUGAUUCUCUGUUUUAUAUCAUUUAUUUCAUAUCUUUGGACAAAACAAGUCCUUUAAAGAAGUGAUCUGUAGCUCGAGGUGAUUGUGACGAGUAUUUUCUGGCAUUAAUCACUUAAUCUGCAGAUAAAUAAAAAAAACAAUGGUCUUCUGUGAGGAGGCGGAGCUUCAGAGGGCGCCAUGCCAUCCAACAGGACGGAUGUUGUUAUUAUUAUAUUGUGAAGGGAAAAGAGGAAACGUGGCCUUGAGUCUCGGAGACGCUGCAAUAUUAGAAAGUGACUGUAGAGAAUAUAUAUAUUAAAAAAAGAUAAUAUCAGGGGAGAAAGAAAAAAAACAGCCUUUGACCUUCAGAGAUUUUUUGUUUUUUUAAGUUUUGUUUGUUUUCUGUCAUCUGGCUGUUUUUGUUAAAGAUGUUUUGCUUUAAUAAAGUGCUUUCUCAUUGG